AUGAAGAAGGCACAAACUUGGAUUAUCACUUGCAUUUAUCUUCAACUGGUCCUCUUUAAUCCUCUCGUCAGAAGUACAGGGAUCUGCAAGAAACGUGUCACUGAUGAUGUGAAAGACGUUACAAAAUUGGUGGCAAAUCUUCCAAAAGACUAUAAGAUAGGCCUCAAGUAUGUCCCCGGAAUGGACGUUUUGCCAAGUCAUUGUUGGAUAAGUGAAAUGGUGGAGCAAUUAUCAGUCAGCCUGACUGAUCUUCUGGACAAGUUUUCAAAUAUUUCUGAAGGCUUGAGUAAUUAUUCUAUUAUAGACAAACUUGUAAAAAUAGUAGAUGAUCUUGUGGAGUGCUUGGAAGGACACCCAUUGAAGAAUGUAAAAAAGUCAUCUAACAGCCUAGAACCCAAGAUGUUUACUCCUGAAGAAUUCUUUAGAAUUUUUAAUAGAUCCAUCAAUGCCUUCAAGGACUUGGAGAUGGUGUCAUCUAAAACUAGCGAAUGUGUGUUUUCUUCAACAUUAAGUCCUGACAAUGAUUCCAGAGUCAGUGUCACAAAACCAUUUAUGUUACCCCCUGUUGCAGCCAACUCCCUUAGGAAUGACAGCAGUAGCAGUAAUAGGAAGGCCUUGAAUUCCAUUGGUGACUCCAAGCUGCAAUGGGCAGCCAUGACAUUGCCAGCAUUCUUCUCUCUUUUAAUUGGCUUUGGUUUUGGAACCUUAUACUGGAAGAAAAAACAACCAAAUCUUACAAGGACAGUUGAAAAUAUAGAGAUUAAUGAAGAGGAUAAUGAGAUAAGUAUGUUGCAAGAAAAAGAGAGAGAGUUUCAAGAAGUCUAA